AUGGCUGAAUCGAGUGGUUCAAUAUCUAUUGCUUACAUUAGUGAUAGCAAAACUUUGGAUUCUAAUAAAUGUCUAGAAAAAUACUAUGAUGUUUUAAUAGAUAUUGAAGGUAGAAUUGAAGAAUUCAAUAAACAAGAAUGUAAUGGAUUCAAGGAAUGGCAAAAUUUAUGUGAACAUAUAAAUAGUAAAGAGAAUGACUUAAAUGAAUGUUAUAAUCGACAAUUGUUAACAGUUUAUUUAAAUAAUUCUGAUAAAAUAAAAAGUUUUAAAGAAGAUUGUGCUAAAGGUCCUAAAUAUCCUUAUAAUCCCUCAUGU